AUGUCUGAAGAAGGUAAGAAACCUCACAAAUGCAGACAUCUUGGUUGUGAUAAAACAUACGUUUCUUUGAGAUAUCUUCGUGCCCAUGAAGCAAAAGAGCAUUUAAACUGUCCUCCUGAGUGUAAAUUAUGUGAAGAACAUCGAAGUAGAAGAAGGACAAGAAAGAAUCAUGAAGAAGAAGAUAUUCCAAUUUUAAUAGAAUUACCAAGUAGUUUAUGCAUUAGACUAAUGGAUGAAAAUGAUAAAAUUACAAAUAGUAGUAAUUUAAUUCCAUUACCAAGAACUCCAAGUGCAAGAAAAGUUAUACAAGACUUCCUUAAAACUGCAGAAGAUGAUGAAGUAAAAGAAUUAGCAGUAUCUUUUUAUACAUUAUUUUGUCAUACAGUUGGACCAUUUUUAUUAUAUGAAAUAGAAAAGAAACAAUACGCACAAGUUUUGGAAAAAGUUAAUUCUAUUGAUGAAGUUGGUGAUUAUUAUGGAGCUGAACAUUUAUUAAGACUAGUUGCUAAAUUACCUCAAAUUUGUUAUGAAAUACAUUUUGAUAAAAUGGAUGAGUUAAAAGUCUUUUUAGAACAAUUGGCUCAUUUCAUGGAAGAGAAUGCUUCAAUACUCUUUAUUGAUAAAUAUUUCAGAAUCAACCCCAAUCAAAAAACAAUCGAAUAA